GCGCUGCUCCCGCCGCGGUCUGCCGAGCGGGCGGCGGCGCAGGGCUGCGCACCAUGGCCGGGCUGCUGGCGCUGCUGGGCCCCGCGGGCAGGACGGGCGCCCGGGUCCGCUCCCGCGCCACCUGGCUCCUGGGUGCCGCUGCCCCCUGCGCCCCGCCGCCCGUGUUUCUGCCGCUGCUCGGGCCCGGGCCGGACGCCCCGCUGCUGCGCGCGGCCCGCGGGAACUGCCAGGGCCGCCAGGACCCCAGCAAAAUCACUGUGACAACAGGUGGCAACAGCAACAGUACAGAGAAAAAGCAAAGCAAGUCGCAGCAGCUGAAAAAGAUUUUUCAAGAAUAUGGUGCCGUUGGCGUGUCGCUGCACAUUGGCAUCUCAUUAAUCUCCUUGGGCAUGUUUUACAUGAUUGUUUCAAGUGGUGUGGACAUGUCAGCCAUCCUGCUUAAACUCGGGUUCAAAGAGUCACUGGUACAGUCGAAAAUGGCAGCGGGCACGAGUACCUUCGUGGUGGCCUACGCCAUCCACAAGCUCUUCGCACCCGUGAGGGUCAGCAUUACCUUAGUUUCCGUGCCCUUGAUUGUCAGAUAUUUUCGGAAAGUGGGAAUUUUUAAACCUCCAGCUGCAAAGCCUUGAUGAACUCUUCAACGGUGGGCCUGAAAACCUAUUUCUUUGAAAUGACACAUUUUGGAUUGGUUUUAGGAUGUAGGUUUUGCGGUGGGUGGGGGGCAGGAGCUAACUGCUGUGUUCUCAUGAAUAGGAUUUACUUUUGCCAGCAAAAAUUCAGGGCUUCAAAUCGUUGUAAUUUUUUUUGCUUUAUACAUUUUGGUAACGCUAUUCCUCACAGGGCUUAUCUGCAUAAUCUAAAACGUCAGCAAAACAUCACCAAUGAGCUGUCACCUGAGACAAAACUGUCUGCCAGGAAAUGUUCCUUCCAGAAGAUCAUUGGUGAGGGUCUGUGCCUGCAAAAGCCUCAGGGGUUAAUCUUCACUCAAGUUCUUAAAGGGCAAUGAGUCAUUAAGCUGGUUUUUAAAAUUUCCCUUCUUCCAAUAUUUGUUGUCAGGCUGCCUGAGGUUUAAUAUGCAAUGUUGUGUGAGACAGCUGCCAGUACUACAAUUAAUGAAAAAGAAUUUAAGACUUCACAAUAUGUAUUCAGGAUCUAAAGGAGCAUCAAGACUUUGACAUUCAUUACACUUGUUUGGGGGAAAAGAAAAACAAGUAUUUCUGGGAUGUUUCAUUCAUCCCAAAAUACCUUCAAAUCUGGACGUGACGGGGCCUGCCUCUAGCUGAUCCUUCCCGAAUUUCAUUAAAGUAGGUCGGAAUAAUUAGUCUCUGUUAAGGUAAAAUAUGGAAACUUCAUCCAAUAGUGAUGGUAUCAGCUGGCUCCAGACGCCUGUGUCCUCAGAGGAACUUGGCUACUGCACAGCUACAGAAAGCUGAGACAAUCUGGGCCUAACUCUUUCUCAGACUUCAGACAUUCCAGAACUACUGUCACAAUGUUUACAUUGUGUUGCUACUUAUAUUUUUCGAGUUAAAAUUAUGUUUGUAAAAAAAAAGAUUUUUGCAUCACUCUCUAAAAAAGGAAAAUUACUAGCAGUUGCUGUAAAUGGCAGGCAACUGCAAAAUAAUAACACAAACCAGAGAGGGACUGAGCCAGUUUACCAGAUAAAGGGUGUGACCGGCGGCCCCUCAUUCUCUGCUAGGGACAUUGGUUAAGACUAGAAAUCCAAGCACACAGAUGCAGAUUGAGACGUUCUCCUCGAAAUAGUCAGGAGCAGGCAGCGGAGAAGGGAAUGUAUUCCCGUGGGCUUUGGCCUCACUGACAGGACACUUGCUCCACACCAUGGGAACCCCAGUGUAACCAGUCUGCCCUGCCGCCAUGGAUGAGGGGUUGCAUUUAUCUUUCUGGCUCCCAGAUUUAUUUUUUAUUUUAGUUUUUUUGGUUUGAUUAACUACAUUUGUGACAAUCAAAACUAAAGGAAUUAUAAACUGAUCGUCCCAGUUUUACUGAGAUCUGACUGUUGACAGUUUCCUAGUUAGCCCUUAGAAACCCAUGUCAAUCAGUUAUUUCAGUUAACUUUUAUAAGAAUCUUUGUGGGACAGAUUCUCCACUUGCAAGAUCUUUAAAGUGGAUCCGUGAUUUUCCCCUCGUUUAAAGCACUUAACCCAUUGCCAAAAGGUUUUAGCAAUUUAAAGUUGGAACUGCCUUUCCAGGGUCUAAUUCCAAGGACACCUGUACACAGCAGAGCGAGAUGGCGACAGCGUUGCUAGGUAAUUCCUCGUGAGGGCAGGACCAGCGCUUCUGUGUUGCUGUCUCUAUGUGAACAGAUGGCUUUAGGUCCUAACCACCUUCCACACCAUGCACGUCUAUGCAAAAAAGCCGACAGGGAUUCCUACAGGUUUAAGGGCCUGAAUGGGAGUGGACUGAAAGGAGAAGCAAUAAAAGAAAUGAUCAUACCAAAUAGCCACAGCGUUCUCUUCUAAGCUCCAGCUCCACUCCACUCCUGUGGCCAGUGGUCAGCACAGAACAGAGCAACUAGAUCGGAGAGGGAAUCAAAGAUCAGGGAACUAGAGCAUUAUGUGAAUUCACCAGCAAGAUGUACAAAUCGCUUGUAUUUACAUUGUUUUUAUGGAACUAGGGGAGUAGAACUGAUGAUCUAAUUUAAAGAUGUAAGCCAUUGGUCACCUCUAAUUUUUUAUCUGACAAAAUGAGCAGCUUAAGUUCCGCAAAACAAAUAAACAUCUUUGUAAAGUU